UAUAAAGGAAGUGAACAGAGAGUAAGGAUUUAGAAGUUUGACUUCACUUUUAAUCACUGCACAAGGAGAGAGGUAGCUGGACGGUAUUUUCUGCCACAAUGAAGAAGGGAGGGUUGUGUCUGGCACUUUUGUUAGUGAUAACAGGGACCUUCAUAUUCCAGAUGUUCUUGCUAUCGCACUCUGCCCUCAGUGAGUCUCUGGUGCAAGACAUUCCAUUCCAAAGGAGGGAUGUGCAUAGUGAUGAGCAGAGUGCAAAAGAAUACUGGCCACACUUUACAAAAUCUGCCACAUUAUUACCUGCAUUUACAGACACACCAUCUUCCACCCAUGUAACCAAUCACACAACCAUGACACCUCCAGUGACCAACCAUACAACCAGGCCCCCAGUGUCAACAACAAAUCAUACCACCAUACCGGUCACAACAAAUUAUACUACCAUGACACCCUCAUCAAAUCAUACCACCAUACCAGCCACAACAAAUCACACAACUAUACCAGUCACAACAAAUCACACAACUAUACCGGUCAUAACAAAUCACACAACCAUACCAGUCACAACAAACCAUACAGUCACUCCAUUAAAUCACACAACCAUUUCACCGACAACACAUAAUAGAACAAGUGUGUCGCCCACACCGUUCAAUUAUACAACGGGUCCCACAACGCCAGUCAAUUACACAACUGCUACAGCUUGUACAAACUCAACAGAUAACAAGACUAGCCACAUGACAACAGCAACAUCUCUAAUCACCUCUGCCAUUCCAACCAACCCUCCAGAGCCUGAGAGAGGAGACUAUAUAGCCAGAAGCGGCAACAUGACCUAUGCCAGAAUAAUGGCAGGAAUCCAAUUAUGCAUCAAGGACCCAAGUAUGGAGAAUGAACAGCACCAGAGAAGAAUCAAUGUACCCAAGAAUGCUACCGUAUCUGGAUCGUGCUGCAAGGACGAAAAAGCAACAAUAGUACUUAGCUUCUCUGAAGGAACUCUCAGCUUCACUUUCCAAAAGAAUGAUUCACCAAAGAUUGUCUAUUUAUCUGAGACAGACGCCACGAUCUCUUUCACAUUUUCCAGAGCCAAUGAGAAAAUGAAUGUUAGUAACAGCAGCCUUCACAUGUUUGAAACAGCACAAGGACGGUCAUAUUACUGCAGUAAGACGUCUGUGGACGUGAGCGAUGGGUUUUCUGUUAACUUUUUUAAGGUACAACUUCAAGCCCAUGACAUAAAGGAUGGAAAGUUUGGAGCAGAGGAAAAGUGCCCUGAAGAUAAGAAAAAUAACUAUGUCAUUCCGAUUGUCAUAGUGGUUGUUCUGGUCAUCCUGAUAAUCAUUGUGAUCCUAGCGUAUGUUAUUGGUCGGAAGAGGAGUCACCAGGGUUAUACACCUUUAUAACGGGGGUGACCACUGUCUACAAAGGAACAUCCUUCAGUCAAACGGGAGUGUGAGAGAGAGAGAUAGUGUGUGUGCGUGUGUGCGUGUGUGUGUGUUUGCGUGUGUGCGUGUGUGUGUGUGUGUGUGUGUGUGUGUGUGUGUGUGUGUGUGUGUGUGUCUGUAGGUAUGCAUGUCUGGGGUGGAGGUGAGUGGAGAAUGAUGCAAUUCCAGUGGUGUUGGCUACAAACAGAUGCUUUUCUGCCAACAUGACUGACACAUUAUUUUUAAUGUGCAUUAAAUCUUUUGUUGCACAACAGUCACCAAUGAAUCCCAGAUUUUUCAUUUUUCUGUCAUAAUCUUUCAUUUAAGAAUGCCACUGACAUUUGAAAAAUGAUAUCCAAAUGUCUUCCUGCAGGUUUUACACUUUUCACCUGUAUUCAGCUUCAGUACGUCAACCAACAAUACAAAAAGAGCCUUUAUUUGCUUUUAAAAUUCCUUCAGCAGUCAAGCAUUUCAAGAGCCACAGUGGGUGUAGCCUAAUAGUAAGAAACUGAAUAACAGAAUGAAUGGUUUAUAGUAACAAAAAUAUUUACCAAUUUCAGUAAUAAAUGUGCAUUAUUAAAUGUUUAGUAGUCCUGUUGCUAAAGCUAGACAUAUGUUUAAGCUGUUAUAGAACCACAAGUGAUAGCCAAAGAACCACACGCUACAGAUCUCUGCAUUACAUUAUUCGAAAGCUCUCCUAUUAAGAGAUGCCUGAUCCUGGGGGCAAAGUCUCUACCCACACAACAAUAAACCACAAACACUUCUUUGUCAAGCAAACUCACGGACUGUUAAAAAAAAUUAUCUCACAGAGGUUGCCACUUCUCUGGAAUAGGCUAUCAAUUCAUGUUAAGCAGAGCACCUUUAUGACUCUGUUCAAAAGCAGCCUGAACGAAUGGAUGGGAAACUGCAAAUUCCUGCCGGGAAUAGCUCCCACAUCCCUUUUGGACAUGGGCAGUCAUUACUAAUAAUAAUUUUAGGCAUUGACUAGACUUUUUCUUUUGAAGUAUAAUGGGUGUAAUAGGCUAAGCUUAAAAUGACCUUUGGGUCAAUAGUCUAGUAACCUUCUAUGUAUCUAUGAACCUAUGAACAUCAGGACUAAUACACAUUCCUGAGAACAUCUGUUUUGUCAAUAAUACAGAGAACAUGGCUAGAAGAUAGGCAGGAAAUUACUGUUAGAUAGCUAGCUAGUAGAGAGCAUGUGUUAAUACAGACUGACAUAGUAUAGGAUAGAUGGCUCUUGAUAGACUGAUAAGCAUAUACUCUAAUAGAGCUAACAAGCUGCUAAGACAGAACGACAGAUAAUUGAUUUGGAAGAGGUAUAAAGGCAGUUCAGCACUGAACAGGUGAGGAGAGUAGGUUUACAGGUAGAACAUCCCCUUGUGCAGGUACGUUAUAUGGUUUCUAAAAUGGUCAGACUAAUUUCAGAAGCACUGACUACAUGAAAGAUGCUUCAGCAGUGAAUGCAAAGUGUGUAUUUUAGAAUAGCAGGAAUGUUCUGCAGUGCUAUUCGCAUUAUAGACUCAUGAAAAGUCAGCUACACUGUCUUAUACUUAUCUUGCUUUAUGCUUGCAAAAUGAAACAUUCUUUCACUGUUCUAACUGUACUUAAAUACUUCGCUCUGUAUAACAGAGGGUUGCUACUGAAAUUUCCAUUUGGUUAAUAUUCAAAGCUCUUCAGUGUGGAAUGAAAUCUUGACUUAAGUGUUUGGCUUUACUUGUGAUUCUUAAAACAAACAUAUCUAGUGUAAGACAUUUUUUUUCUCUUUGUUCAUAACUGCUUUAUAUUUCUUAACAAAACAUUUUAAUAUCAUGGCAACCUUCUUGUUUUUUUUUUUAAUCCUGGCACUCACUGAUGCUGGAUUUGUGGAUAUAUCUUAUGUCCUUUUGGCACUGCUGAUAGUGCAGUGGGUUUGACUGGUCCUCUGCUUGGGUGCAUUAAUACAUCUUCCGUAGCAGAAAGGACAAACUAACUUCUAAUUUUUUAAUUACCAAGGCUGUUUCAUCUAUAAUAUUGUACCCAUUUCUAAAAGUCACCCCUCAGAAACUACAAAGAUAGGCUUUCAGAGUUAUGCCUGCCUAGUAAAAGAAUCACUCUUACUUAAGUUUGCAGUAACAAAUGGUGUAUGGCUUACAGCUGCAUCAAUGCAAGCAGUGUUUAGACAGAGCUUGCUUCUUACAACAUAAGCUGCCUUCUUUUGAGUCCUUAUUGAGAAAAAUAAAUUAGCAAAAAGGCAAUUCACUGGGCAGUUCUUUAUCAAACAUAAUUUAUCAGAUGUGUUAACAAGCUGAUACCUGUGGUGCACAGAUUGAUUCCCCUUGGCCUCCAUUUGUCAGCUAUAUAACUCAGAGCAACUCAGAUGAGUCUGAGAAAAAUCUAUGUGAAUCAUUACUCUGCCUCCGUAAAAAAAAAUAAAAUGCUCACAAAGUACAAAGAAAUAAAACAGACCCUUGUAACUCAGAAAUAACAUGUUAAUAUAGACAUGAAUUUGAAUUUAGAGUAGGUCAGCCAUUCUCAUUACACACACACACACACACACACACACACACACACACACACACACACACACACACACACACACACAUCCCAGUAAAAGGAACAUUUCCUGAUAUCGACAUUAGUGGUUUCUUUAGGGGAAACAUAAAGACUAGCAAGGCAGAAAGUUUAAUUUUGUAGCUAUUUUUCCAGGGAAACAUCUUCUGGUAGGAGACUGGAUCCAUGGAAGAAGACUAAAGCUGAAUUCUAAGCAGAAAAAUCCAAACAGAAAAGAAUAAAAAGUAAAAUAUAAAAAAUUAAAAAAAAUCACAUUUACCAAACAUUGUUGAUUUUAAUAAGCAAAUAUUUAUAAAUUUUGCCUCUGAGGAAAAAAAAUAGUUGAUAGAUUAUGAAGAUUGUGGCAUGUCAGUAGAAUUGUUAAUGCAAAGUGAGUGAUUUUAUAAAUAAAAUAACAGAACCCUGAACACUUAAGAAGGUAAUGAUUGCAAAGUGAGACAUCAUGUAAACUUUAAAUGUAUUUUAAAUAUAUGUGAGCUAAAAAAUAUUCCCCCACUCCCACAUUGCAGCAGAACCCCCCCCCCCACAUACAUGCAGUAAAAAACAUUCCAAAGCUAAGGUCUCACAAUGUCAGAGAAAAUAAAAUGCUUGAUUUUUUAUGGAAAAUAUGGAUUUCCUUUGUCCUUAGAUUAUAGAACCAUGGAAUUUUAAUAUUUAAUAGUGGAAAUGUGGUGGUUUUGCUGGAGCAUUGCUCUUCUGCAAACAUUUUAGAGCUGUAGCUUCUCAAUUUUAAUACAUAACUUAAAGAUUCUCAUUCACUGCUACAACACUAACUUUGACUAUUAGUUUUAGGAUUGUAACAUUUGGAGUUUGCAGACCUUGAGGUUUUUUUUUUUUUUACCACGGAUCUUGAGAGGUACUUUUAUCCAAAAAUGAAAAUAAUUCUUUAAUUGCCAGUUAUCUGUCAGUGAGUUAUUACAACAUCAGUCUGUACUUAUUCACUAGCAAUCGAUUCAGAACUGCAACUUCUCUUGUACAAAAAGACUAUUAAAGCGUACUGAGCUGGUAUAUAUAAGAUAUCUGUUUUGUAAUCUGCCAUUACAUUUUGUUGUUCUUUUUUUGUAAGCUAUAUUUGCUUUUUGUACAAAUUGUCACUAAUAAUCUACUUACUUUUCUUGUUUUAUUAACAGUGCCACACUUGCAUGCUUUUUUCUUUUUAAUUUUUCACUUUGAUGUUAUAUUACAAGCAGAAAAAUGCCUGCUGCUAGGCCUACAUUUCAUAAUUUUCUGAAACAUAUUUUGAUCACUGUUUUUGUAUGUUUGUUAUUAUUUGCAUUGAAUUGCUCUGCAGUUCUUCUAGAUUGUGCCUGAAUUCAGGCUCCCCUGAAAUUACUAUUAGCAAAGAUAAAUAAAAUAAUUGACAUUUC